CGAUGCGUUUUGAGUGCUUUUCCGAAUAUUUUAUGUUUUCAACGACCACUGCUUUGUUUCUUACGGACUCCGAACCCGUCUACGUUGUACGACCCUUGCUUUCAUAUUGGACACCGAAGAUUGCCUGCAAGUUUGACUUGGAACUGUUAAUUUGGAUUUUGUCGCUAGCUUGUGGAUUGGAUAUUGUUGAAACGAUGGAUCGCUGUGUGAAUUGCGGGAUAGUAACUAGUCACUGCAAUACAUUAGGGCGACGACCAUUAAAUGAUGAAAAUAUUCUAUCAGUGAUUCGGCAAUGGCUUGCACCUCAGUCUGUAAGUAGUAAUGACCAUGUUUGUCAAGCGUGUUGGGAUUUGGCUCAAAACCCACGGGCUCUUAACCAGGGAAGACUACUAGGACACCGCAACAUUUGUCUCCGCUGCGGACGCUCUCUAGCUGCACGAGUUAGUCAUGCACUUCACACCAACUCAAUUCGUGAAUCUAGAAUUUAUAAUGUCAUAAAAGAAUGGAUUAUUCCUCGAACUAUUCAAGCAACAAGUCACAUAUGUCAUACAUGUUGGGUGGCUGCAGACAGAGCUUCUGUCCACAUGACCUCAGGCCCAUCAACAUCAUCCCGACAAGACACUCUUCAAAUAGUAGACCCACAACAACCAGAUCUUCCUAAUGUGUCUCCAAAUGUAGGAGUUAGCAGCAACCAACCAGUACCUUCUAUUGUUUUGUCCGAGUACAUGAGAGCCGUUGAAACUGAAAGAAGGUGCUUCAUUGAAGGAUGCCAAAGAACAGAGAGAUACAGAGUACCACUUACUACUCGUAAAAUGUUGUUCAAUGAAUAUAAAUAUUACAUCCCUGAAAAUAACCGUCUUUGUGAUCAACAUUUGGUUAUCGAAGCAUGGGAUUUUCUGGAUAGUUUGAGAUCCAAUUAUGUUCAGACAUUUACUGAGAGACAUAUAUAUGAUAUGAUGUCUCUAAAAGAAGUUGAAAGUACUUCACUACUUCAAUUCGAAAAUAUUGGUGAAAUGGAGGACCAUGUUGUUCACAUAUGGACUGGGUUAAAUAAAGAGCAGUUUAACCAGAUGUUUGCUGAAGUUCCUGAAUUAUCAGAAAUCUCAAAAGCAGCCGUAGCUCUGGCCGCUUAUCUCAUGAAGCUUAGAACUGGAGAUUCAAAUGAAAGGUUGGCAAGUUUAUUAAAAGUAUCUAGGACAACUCUUGAAAAGUGGAUUUAUCAAGUAAGAGAACUACUUACUGAGCAUUUUGUACCCAGAAAUCUUGGUUUAAACCACCAGAACAGACAACAAUUGGUACAGAAAAAUCUCGCAAUACCUAAGGCUUUGUUUGGAAGCUUUGAGGGAGUUGACACCCCAAUAGCAAUUUUUGAUGGAACAUAUUGCUAUGUCGAAAAGAGUUCCAAUUACUUAUACCAAAAAAAAAACAUACAGCCUGCAUAAGUACAGGAAU